AUGGCUGCUUCAAACCCAAACCAUCCCCAAAUUGUGAUCCUUGAGCACAAUGCACAACAAAAUCAAUGCAAUUUUUCCGAAGAUAAAUACUAUGAUUACUCACAGAGGGCACAAUGGCUUCGUGCUGCUGUGCUCGGGGCCAAUGAUGGAUUGGUCUCCAUUGCAUCAUUAAUGAUGGGAGUUGGAGCUGUUAAAGAAGAUGCCAAGGUGAUGGUUCUUACUGGAUUUGCAGGUCUAUUCGCUGGUGCUUGUAGCAUGGCAAUCGGAGAGUUUGUCUCUGUGUACUCUCAACUUGACAUAGAAACAGCCCAAAUGAAGAGAGAAAAGAGGGUGACAAACAAUGGACAGAAUGAAGUAGAAUUGGAAAAGGAAAAACUCCCUAAACCUUGGCAGGCAGCCAUGGCAUCAGCUCUCGCAUUUUCUCUAGGUGCUGUCGUACCAUUACUUGCAGCUGCAUUUAUAGCAAACUAUAAGGUGAGGCUAGGAGUGGUGGUGGCAGCAGUCACCCUAGCAUUGGUUGCUUUUGGGGGAGUCGGGGCAGUACUGGGAGGGACACCGGUGGCGAGGUCUUGUCCCAGGGUGGUGGUGGGUGGCUGGAUGGCUAUGGGUAUUACAUUUGGUCUUACCAAGUUAAUUGGCUCCAGUGGUCUGGAAAUGUGA